UUAGCACGAUUUGUCAUCACCAUAGCAAUCGCGUUUUUCAUAGAGUGGUCCACAACCCUCGCCACCAUAUCUAGCGGGUCUUUUAAUAGCCCGCAAACGGUAUUGGUAUCCGACUUGACUAGCACAACGAGUGCAUGGUCCCCAACCACCCCAAGGAGUCACUCGACAGUCUUGUUUAGGACUCACUGCAACCUCAAGACCAUCAGGCAUACCCGAAUCUCCAGGUUCAUUUGUACCAGUGGAUCCCGUGUUUGAUCUGACCUUAGCCAAUAUUUGGGAUUGGCGAAGUUCGUUUGGCAUGCAGGCUGCCAUACAGGCUGUAUGGUUAGGAAAACGAUUAGGUGUUCCUCCACAACCAAGAUAGAAGAAAUCACUGCAGAUGUUUUUGCGAGGAUAAUAAUACCAAAAGCUACCGAUUUCCUUGGGCGAAUCACACUCGUGGCCCGUAUUCACCUCGUAGAAACAGGCUGGAUCUUGCUUUAA